AUGGAUCAAUCGGAAGUCAUUCGAAUGAUAUCGACCUUCAACUCGCGCUGGGUUCUUUCGGAGCGCCGCCUUGCCAAAUAUCAGCAGGAAUUGGCAGAGACACGGCAGUCGCUGGUACAGACCAACAGGGACUUGGAUGAAGUUGCGAAGCUAGCAGAAGUGCUCUAUGAGACGAAUCGAAGAAUGGGAGUCGUCACUGACUAUCUUCUGAAGCAUCAAGGCUUGAAAGAUGGAGAUAAAGAGCCCAAGUCGUUUGAUGCGAUGUUUAAUUGGGCCGUAGUGCAAGCGGGGUUAUCCUUGGGAACAGAGCCCGAAGAAGGCGGGGUGCCUGUCAAAAAUACAACAGACAGUGAUGUCAGAGCUGGGGCAAAUGUUCUAUUGGAAAUGAGCAAUGCAAAUAAGUCUAUUUAG